UGUGUGAUCACAUGGAUGCAGGAACGACACGGGGCUUUGGGCCCGGGUUUCAGCCCCCCCGUGCACUCCCACAACGACUGGAUCGGGCCCCCGGACAAGCAUUCCAACCUGCGCCCCAUCAUCUUCUACGUGCCCCCCGAGGAGUCGCCCCUGGAGCGGCGGCUGCGGGAGGCCCGGCAGGAGGCCCAGGCCUGCAACCAGCGGUUCUGGGCACGGCACAACUGCGCCUUCCGACAGGAAAAAGAAGAAUUUAUUUAUUCAAGACUGAAAGCCAAGGGUCUGGAAAUGAGAGAUGAAACAGGUCAAAAAGCAACACUGAAUGCAGAAGAAAUGGCUGACUUUUACAAGGAGUUUCUAAGUAAAAAUUUCAAAAAACAUAUGCAGUAUAACAGGUGGCCAGCUAUGCCCUUUUCAACACUUGUAUCUUCAUCCACUUGCAAACAAAUCUUACCCAUUGCACAGCACUGUCAGGAGUUAUUCUGGAUAGCUUGGUGAUCAGCUUUACUUUUGUAACAUGAGAUAGGGUUUUAACUACUUUAUCUCACCUGAUUUCAAAUACAGUUAGAACCCUGUAGUCUGCUUGUGGAUGUGGGUAUACAUAUAGACUUUUUCAUAGGUAAUUUUAUAAGGCAGGAAAAGUUUUACCACAAAGAACAGAAAAUGCAGGUUAUCACUGAAUUGUCAUUUGUCAAUGCCAAAGGAUAUUUUAAUAUAAUUGUGUACCUUUUUCCUAUUCUUGUUCUGUGUGCUGAUUAUUUUCUUGGCUUUGGAAUCCUAGAGAGUGGUAUAAACGUAAUUUUACGAUCACAUUCCUCAUGGGACAAGUAGCACUGGCAAGAGCUCUGAGGUGGCUUCGUUGGAAAAAGAAAAAUGUAGAACAUUAAUCACAGCUCCGUGAAGAAUGCAACACUAGCUAGGCCUGGCAUAAACUUGUUGUUUAUAGUGAUGUUCAGAAUCUGAAUGACUGAUGUAAUAAUUGCUCGAGUCUGUUUGUUAAACUAUGUAAAUAAAAGUCAGUAUUGGUCUUAAUUUAUAA